GCCCGGGAACCCGCCGCGGUGACGCACGGAGGGGCACGGUAGGAGGCGCGGGUGAGCGCGCCCGGGGUUAAGGGUUCCAAAAGGAAACCUCUCGCUGGAGUGAAGGAUUGCUGCGGGCCGCUCGCCCGCGACUGCGGGGCUGGCAGGUGCGAAGCGUCUGCACCUGGCGGACGAUGGCGCCGGGCGCGAGCGCCCCGGGCUAGCGCGGGCGAGGCUGCUGGGCCCCGGAGCGCACGCCCGCCCCCCUCCCCGACCUUGGCGUUGGCCCAGCCCUGCCCGGGCAGCUAUGGAGCUCCUGCGGCUGCUGGUCCUGGCGGUGCUGGCAUCGGAACGCAGGGUGGCUGGUGGAGCCGAGGUCUUCGGGAACUCCAGCGAGGGUCUUCUUGAAUUUUCUCUGGGGAAAUUUAGAUACUUGGAGCUCAUCAAGUCCUUUCCAGAGGAAGCUAUUUUGCAUCAUAUUUCAAGUAAUGUGACUUUUCUUAUUUUUCAAAUACACUCACAGUAUCAGAACACAACAAUUUCUUUUUAUAAGACUCUUCUUCCCAAUGCCUCGGAAACAGGCACUAACAGAGGGCUGGUUUCCAUUCUUAGACCAGAGCAGAGUAUGUGCACUUGGUACUUGGAGACUCUAGAUGCAGAGCCUGUUCAAAAUGUGGCCAUUCCACUCUCCUACUCAGAAAGAGAUCCUAUCCCUGGAGGCUGUAAUUUGGAGUUUGAUUUAGAUAUUGAUCCCAACAUUUACUUGGAGUAUAAUUUCUUUGAAACGACUAUCAAAUUUGCCCCAGCAAACCUAGGCUAUGCGAGAGGCACAGAUCCUCCGCUAUGUGAUGUUGGGACGGGACGGGACUCUAGGUGGAGGUUGCAGUAUGAUGUCUAUCAGUAUUUUCUGCCCGAGAAUGACCUCACUGAAAAGAUGUUGCUAAAGCAUCUGCAGAGGAUGGUCCAGGUGUCCCAGGUGAAGGCCAAUGCUGUCAAGGUGGUAACCCUAACAGGUGAUGAUAAGACAAGUGUUUCCUUCUCCUCCCUCCCUGGACAAGGUGUCAUUUAUAAUGUCAUUGUUUCCGACCCAUUUCUAAAUACGUCCGCUGCUUAUGUUCCUGCUCACACGUAUGCUUGCAGCUUCGAGGCAGUGGAGGGGAACUGUGCUUCCCUUGGUGAGUAUAUGGAUUUAAACUAUUCUAACUCUUUCUUUGGCUUUGCAGGUCUAUAUCAACUAAAAGAGAACUUAAGGAUAUUAAAAAUGCCUUUGUCUAGUUUUUAUUUAUUCAUUUAACAAAUGCCCUUUGAGCCCCUAUGUUGUUGUUUCCAUUCUCUGUUUUAGGCACUAGGAUACAGCAGUGAACAAAACAGCCACAAUACUUGCCCUCCUGGGGCUUAUAUUUUAGCAGAGGAGAUGAGAUAGACAAGAUAAAUAUAUAAAAUAUGUAGUACAUGAGAAAGUGAUGAGAACCAAGAAGAACAAUAAAGCAGGAAAGAGAGAUAACAAGUGGCAGUGAGAGGAAACUUUGAGAUAGCAGGGCCAGGGAGGUCCGUCCGUGCUGUAAGGUGACAUUUGAGUGAAGAGCCAACGCAAGGCAGGGAGCCACACAUGAGCUGGGGGGAGGUGCCUGUCAGGCACGGGGAGCAGCCAGUGUGUCUUAAUGUUUUAAAGGGAACAUUUGCUGCUUUUUGAGAAAAGAUGUGGGAAAGAGCAGAAACAGGGAGAUUGGGUAGGAUGCCACUGAAGUAAUUCAGGUGAUAGAUGAUGGUGCGCUUGGUAGAACCAGGCCAGUGAAGGUGUUGCAAGAUCAGUGUGUGUGUGUGUGUAUUUAACAUUUUAUUUUUAAAUAGCUUCACAGAAAGUAUGCAAAAAUAAUAUAAAGAAUUUCUGCAUAAUAUUUAUUUAGAUAUCCUGGAAUGUUAGUUAACAUAUUAUGCUGUUUGCUUUUCAUUCUCUCUCUUUCUUUGUCUCUCCCCCUUGCUCUCCUCUCACUCUUCUUGUUUACAGGUGACCUUUGAACACCAUGGGGAUUAUGGGGUGCCAACCCCCCCACAGAUGAAAAUCUGUGUAUAGUUUUUGACUCCCUCCAAAACUUAACUACUAAUAGCCUACAGUUGACCACUUAACCAAUAGUAUAAACAGUCUAUUAACUCAUAUUUUGUAUGUUAUAUGUAUUAUAUACUGUAUUCUUAUAAUAAAGUAAGCUAGAGAAAAGAAAAUGUUAUUAAGGAAAUCAUAAGGAAGAGAAAAUAUAUUUUCUAUUCAUUAAGUGGAAGUGCAUGAUUAUAAAGGUCUUUAGCUUUGCUGCAUGAUUAUAAAGGUCUUCAGUUGAGUAGGAGGAGGAAGAGGAAGGUUGGUCUUGCUGUCUCCAGAGUGGCAGAGGCAGAGGCAUGAGAGGCAGGCACACUCAGUGUGACUUAUGUUGGAAAAAAUCUGGGAAUAAGUGGACCUGCAGAGUUCAAACCCAUGUUGCUCAAGGGUCAAUUGUAUCUGUAUACAUAUGUGUAUAUACACACAUAAU